ACAUCUAUGGAGUUGGACGUCUGGUUUGGAAAAGAAUUUCCGUUGACGAGCUUAUUCGGCACUCAAGGAUCUUCGGAACUAUAUGGAGGAUCCUGCUGUUCCUGAGAACGUGCAGCCGAGUGAGAUAAAAUUUCUGGAUACGCUUCGCUUGAUGAAGGCAUCGAUCGCACAAAAGCUAGAGCCAGUUCGGCAAAAGCUGGAACCGGCCAAAGCUAAAGUGUCUGAACUUCUCAAUAAGAUUGACAAGGUGCUCCGGACAAAGUUCUUUAUCCAGCGAACGAGGCUUUAUCAUCUUCAGCAAAUUUUGCUUAUAGGCAUCAAGUACAAGGCUGUACGCGAUGAGAUUUAUUGCCAGAUUUGCAAACAGACUACUCUCAACCCAGCCAGAGUAAGUGAUGCAAGGGGCUGGCAAGCAAUGGCAGUUUGUGCUGGCACGUUUCCACCCUCUGAGAAGUUCAGACCUGUACUGGAGGAGCAUCUUAAACAAAUUGUGGAUGGAAUUGUGGGAGGGAUGCCCGAUCAAGAGAAGGCUAGAUCGAUGGCACUAUACUGCUUAAAUCGGCUUCGAAAAAUUUGCCGGGUUGGAGCACGGCAAGUAGCUCCGUCUUCAGAAGAGAUUCUAGCUUCUGAGCACAUGCAUGUAACUUCUAUUAGCGUUGCCAUUCCGGGGGGACUUGCUCAGGUUGUGUCCAUGGAUUCAAUGACCACUGGAGGAGAAGUCACUGCCGAAAUUGCAGCAAGACUUGGUUUGCCAGAUGUUGGCUUUUAUGGUAUCUUCAUAGUAACAAAUGGAGUUGAACGAUUUGCUGGAACACAUGGACUUCUGUCCGAGUCGUAUACGGAAUGGAACGUAGGCCCCUUCCCAGAACUGGAAGAAGAAGUGCAAGCAUUCAGACGGACACGGCACUUCCUCGUGGACCACUGUGCUCAGUGCCUAUACAACAUGGACCCGGACUCGGUGCUGGGCAGAGACUUGAAACAUGGCAUCUCAGCUAUGGAACAUUUGAAGGAGAAGGAAAUGCAGGAGAAAGCAGCCAGAGAAGCGAAAGAAACGGAUCCUGAGGAGGAGGAAAUCAGGGAUGCUGAGCUCAGGAGAUUGUUUGCUGACGUGCAUCUCCUAUUCAAGAGGAACUGGUUUCCUGUUGAAGGCACUGCUUCGUCAGAUUCAGUUCGGGCAUUCGAGUACGCUCAAGCAACGUACGAUGUGGUACACGGCCUAUAUGUCAUCGAAGAAGCUGAUGCGGUGAUGCUAGCAGCACUACAACUGCGCGCUGAGCAUGGCUCUUCUACUGAUCUCGACAAGUAUCUCACUGUACAGACUGUGGAGAACUAUGGUCCCAAGGAGUACGUCACAGGCUAUGAAAAGGCAUGGCGGAGUGCCAUUCUAAAGAAGGUCGCGACCUUGCCAUGGGAAGUGGAUGUCAACGUUUGCCGGAAUGACUAUUUGGCUUUUUUGCGCAGUCGAUGUCCUCUCUAUGGAUCUUCCUGGUUCUACGUAGUGCCUAAAGCUUGUCCACAGUUCCCUAGGGAACUGUACUUUGUGUUGAAUCUUUCUGGUGUUCACUUCGUGGAUAUCCCACUCAAGGAAAAAUUAUUGCAUUUGAGAUACAUUGAGCUCUGCAGCUGGGGUUACUCGGACUCUUCCUUUUCUUUAGUUACCGGAAACAUGAGCUACAACAUGGAGUUUCGUCUUGGAACAAGAAAUGGAAAAGAAAUCGCAAAAAUCUUGCAGUACUUUGUGCAACACACAGAACUUUGAUCUCUGAUUUUAUUUUUGUUUUAUAUGUGUGAGUGCAUAGAAUACUGAAAUGUAUAUAUUUGAUUAUCCUAAAUUUAUAUAUAGG